AUUGCCCUUUCUCUCUCUCCUCCUCCUCUUCUUCUUCUUCGCCUUCACAGCUUCAGAAUCACCACACAAACGAAACGAGCACCAGAAUACAAUACAAUCGAAUAGGAUAGAAUUGUGUCUGUGUCUCGACCGUCAGCCCCAAAGAAUAAUAGUUAUGAGAUGAGCUGAGGUUGAGGCUGAGGCUGAGGCUGAGAUUGUAGGAUUGUGGUGGCAAUGAUGUAUUCUUCGUCUCUGCCAAUUCACAAUUUGGCAAUUGAUGGAGGCGGAGGCGGCCCUUUGGAUGGCACCAACUUGCCUGGGGAUGCGUGCCUGCUUCUCUCCACCGAUCCCAAGCCGCGCCUCCGCUGGACCGCCGAGCUCCACGACAGAUUCGUCGACGCCGUCACGCAGCUCGGUGGCCCCGACAAAGCGACGCCGAAAACAAUUAUGAGGACAAUGGGAGUAAAAGGCUUGACCUUGUACCAUUUGAAGUCUCAUCUGCAGAAGUAUCGCUUGGGCAAGCAAGCAAACAAGGAGCUGACCGAUGACUCAAAAGAUGCAUCGGGCCUUGCCGAGAGUCAGGAUGCAGGUUCAUCUACCACUGCGUCGUCGAGGAUGAUGGUGCAAGAUAUAAACGAUGGUUACCAGGUGACGGAGGCUUUGCGCGUCCAAAUGGAGGUUCAGCGGAGACUGCACGAGCAGCUUGAGUUCCAUCAGGUCCAACGUCAUCUCCAGAUCCGAAUGGAAGCACAGGGGAAAUACCUCGAGGCGAUCUUGGAGAAAGCAUGCAAACUCCUAGACGACAACCGGUCGGUUCAAGACCUCUCUGAACCAGUCAAGGCUCCCAGUGAGUUGACGCGCAUCCCUGCCCGACUGGGCGACUGCACAUUACCCAAUGUCGAGGCUAAGAAAAGGCCGUGCCCCAGUUUGAGCACUCAAGACUCGGAGUGGUCCAUGUCGAUGACGACCAUGGGGAAUAUAGGAUGACAAUGGAACUGUACAUUCUUGGAUCGAAGCAUAUUUUAUAUAUAUGUAGGAAACCAAAGAACUUGACUUGAAUUUGGAUCGAUAGUUGUUCCAUUUCCUAACGUGGUAAGUUUGAUAUAUAUAUGUCGGGAACUAUGGCCGUAGAUGUCAAGUUUAGUAUUCUUUCCCGGUUUAUGGCUAUGCUCUUUAUAUUCUUUCA